AUGGUCAAUGUCUCUUCGAUGCCAUGUUCAUGUCUGUGCAUAUUUCAGAUUAACGUGCACGAUGUUAAGACUCAGGCAUUAGAAAGAAUGACACGAUUCGAUAGUGGAGCAGCCUCAGAUGAAGACAACAGCGUAGCAAAUGAAGAAACGAACGAUGUAGGUACCAAGCACCUGAAUGAUCUAAAGAAACUGAAAGAAAGGGACCCUGAAUUCUACAAGUUUUUGCAAGACGAGGAUGCUGACCUUCUCCAAUUUCAAGUUUCUGAUGAGGAUGAAGAAGAGGACGAUGAAUUCGAGCACAGGCAAACUGCGGUUGGCAAACCGUCUUUUCCAAAAGGGAAAAAGGACAAUUCUGGACGAAUAAUUUUUGAUGGAAGGUUGCUUGAGUACCUACAAGAUGUUCUUGAUACGCAAGAUGGAGUGCGAUCUAUUCAUGUUGAAGAUAUUCGGUUGGCAGUUGAGGCGUUUAACGCCUGUGUCUCUCGAGUUGGAGCGGAUAUUGAAGUGCCAAACUAUGUUAUAAACGAGCAGGUUGUUUUCAAUACCUUUUUAAACAUUUAG